UUACCGUGUGCAAGAUUUUGAUUGGCUCUUUUUACGUUUCAAGUCUUCCAAUGAAAUCAAUUCAUGUUUUUUGUCCAAUGAAGACAAACAACCAGUCUCUGAAUAUUAGCAUAGGCAGGGAAUAAAUACGUCUCACAGAGAUACUUAGAAUUCAUAGUUUUUGUGUUUGAUCCGAAGUAAACAUGCCUGAGCCAGCAAAGUCCGCGCCUAAGAAGGGUUCCAAGAAGGCCGUCGCAAAGACCGCUGCAAAGGGAGGCAAGAAACGUAGGAGGACCAGGAAAGAGAGUUACGCCAUCUACGUGUACAAAGUUAUGAAGCAGGUUCAUCCUGACACCGGUAUUUCAUCUAAGGCGAUGGGCAUCAUGAAUUCUUUUGUCAACGACAUAUUUGAGCGCAUCGCCGGUGAGGCAUCUCGUCUCGCUCACUACAACAAGCGCUCCACCAUCACUUCCAGAGAGAUCCAGACCGCCGUUCGUCUGUUAUUGCCCGGUGAGCUGGCUAAACACGCCGUGUCUGAGGGAACAAAGGCCGUGACUAAAUACACCAGCUCCAAAUAAACUCGCUUUGGGAUUUUCAAAACCACAAAGGCUCUUUUAAGAGCCACCCAUACUUUCAGAUAAAGAGCAUCUGGCUUUCCUUUAUGUUCGCCAUAUUUCUUGUAUAAUAAUGGUGUUUCCGACAUUUAAAACAGCCGAGGGAAAAUACAGUUUGCUUAAAUGAAGGCGCGAGAAAGACAAUAGGUAACGUUAACCGGAACGAGCAUGCAUGUCAAAUUUGUUCCUACGGUAACAUCUGUUUAGCUGUACCGUUAUUUUCUGAUCACCAAGCUCCACUGUACGGAUCGUAUUGUCUUCUGUAAAGAUUAUUUUUUUCUCCCGUUGUCCUUUGUCUCUUUUUAUUGACAUUUACUUGUGUUAAAGUGUGUAUUAAAAUUAGCUUAAUUGUCUGAUUC